AUGCUGUUUACAGGAGAAGAUACCGAGAGGGACAUUCUUCUGGAGACCUCCAUUCCGAGUAACACCAGUGGUUUCACGCAAAAGAUUCGAGAUCAAAUUUUGGCGCAGCGCAUGUAUCUUGACUAG